GACUUUUUUCCCCUAUAAAGCAGUCUCUGUUACUAUAAACCAAUUAAAUGAGAACUACACAUGUACUAAAUGAUUUCUAUCAUUGAAAUACAGACACAGCUCAAGUUUGUUUUAUUUUGAGUGGAAAAAUACAACCGGAGGUCAUAACAAUUAUUUUUAUCCCAACCGACUGUACGCCGGCAGGAAAAGCACGUAGCAAUGAAAGUGGCUAAACACCGUUAAGUUAGUGUUCGUUAUCUGAGAUGCUGACUAAACCCACCAUGUAUAUUCCUCAUAAUAAUUAACUAGGAUUACAGUAAUAGUUGGCCAGCACGCUAAGAGGAAGUGUUUCGGGUCCAAAGCCACAAUUUGACGUUACGACUCUGUACAUCAUCAAACGGUCCGUAACUUCAGCCGACGUCGGCAAGAUUCAGUAGUUACAGUUGACCAACUCUCAAAUUGCUCUCCCUUGCUGGAUCACUACCCUUUUAUUACAGUGCUGUCCCAGUCAUCUCACCUGAUCUGAGACUCCAUCAUCACAUCUACUGAUCCACUGACCUGCCAGCAUGGCAACCACAGACUCUGUGAGGGUCCGGGUCUUCUCUCUGAACUGCUGGGGGAUCCGCUACCUUAGCAAACACUGUCAUCAACGCUACGCAAUGAUUGGAGAUAUGUUGUGCAAGGAAGAGCAUGAUAUUGUCUUACUGCAAGAGGUGUGGAGUGAGAAAGACUACCUGUCCUUGAAAAAGAAACUUGCCAGUAGUCAUCUUUACUCUCAUUACUUCAAAAGCGGAGUCAUAGGAAGCGGACUGGCCAUUUUCUCCAAACACAGAAUCCAUGACACAUUUCUAUAUCGCUACUCACUGAAUGGUUAUCCAUACAUGGCCCACCAUGGAGACUGGUUUGGGGGGAAAGCCGUUGGGAUGGCCGUCUUAAGCAUUGGCAGCCUGACUGCAAAAGUCUAUGUUACUCAUCUGCAUGCAGAGUACUGCAGAGAGAAGGACUCUUAUCUACCUCACAGAGUGGUUCAGGCCUGGGAGCUGCAGCAGUUUGUUCGGCACACCUCUGCUGGAGCAGAUGUGGUGAUUUUAGGUGGCGACCUCAACAUGCACCCUCAGGACCUCGGCAACAGACUGCUGAGGUCUUACACUGGACUCCGAGACUCUUAUUUAGAAACUGAUACAUUUGAUGGGUGUGAGGAUGGGUUGACUCUAAUAGCUGACAACCCUUUUAUCAGUAAAAAGGAGCUCGUUCCCUUUGAGAAGGGAAUCCGAAUUGACUACAUCCUGUUCAAGGGUUGUCCCCAAAUAGACAUUUUCUGUGAUUCCAUGUCCACCACCAAAGGUUCCGUCCCUGACCAGCUGUUCCCAUACUCCGACCAUGAGGCUCUGACUGCUGAACUGAGGCUGGAGUCACACACUCCGCCUGAGACUGGAAGAGACAAGCUGUCAAAAAAUCAGGACUCUGCUGCAGGGAAGGUGGCUGAGUUGGUGGACAUUGUGACGGAGGCCCGUACUGAAGUCAAGGUCGGCUUGCACUGUGCAGAGAGCAUGCGCUACACAGCAACACGCACCGGAGCGAUGGGGUUGGCUCUGCUGUUCCUGGAGCUGGCCAUCGCCGCUGUACCCUGGUUGGCUCUGGGAGCCGAACAGCCUUUCCCUCGUACCUCCUUCUACCUGCUGGCUGCGCUGUGCUGCGCCAUCCUGCUGACCACCUCUCUGCUGUACGUUUUCUAUACCAUGGAGCUGAAAUCUCUUCAGGGGGCUGAAGACCAGAUGAGACUGGCUGUGGGAAGUCUGCAGGAGAAGCUCAGGGGGUUUCCUGUGGCUCAGCCUCCCAACGUCCAGCAGAAGCCCCCGGAGGGUCAGGAGCCCAGCGCCUUUGACCCAGAGGAAUAAGUGGGCUCAGUGAAAUGAAGCCUUUGAAGUGAGCUUUAAGAUGGAUGUUUGAGGGAGUCAUUGCUCCUCUGAAUGUGUUUUAUGCUCUAGAGAUGUAGAUUUGUACUGCAGAAUGAAGGAGUUAAACUAUAAUUGAAGCAAGUUUCUGAUGGUAGUGCCGGACACAAUCAUGCUUUGACAUUUUUAUACUUUUUAUAUACAGUGCUUGUCUUUAGCCUUUUAUUAUCUCUAGAUUUCCCUCUAUGCACCUCCACAAAUAUGCUUCCUGUUACACAGUAAGAUACUGCUGUGACCAUUUGCAGUUUUUAAGCCUCGCGUCUGACUUGCAUUCCACCCACCAGUAGUUUCAUCGGGACCAGUUGUUUCUGUUUUUAAUUACAUGCAUCCCUUUUGUGAUUUGAAGAGUCCAGCACACAAUCAUAGUGAGUCCAGACUGUGGUCCCCGCUGCACACAAGACACGGACACUACGAAAAGCUUGUAGGUUUACAUUUAGGUCAGAAGCAUUUUUUUUUCUCUGCACGGCGGCUCACUGAGAACUCCCAGUAGCACUUAAAUACAAGGAUCCCCAGGCACUGGUUUAGACGUCUCAGCAUAGUAUACAGUAGAGAAAGGGAUCAAAUUUUCUCUGCAUGUCUCAGGUCUCAUGUUCACUGUCUUGCCCUGGGAACUAUCGUUAUGUUAAGAGGCAACCUGCACUCCUCUUUCCCAAACUAUAGCAUUAGGAAUGCACUGAAGAUAUUCAUAAUCAUACACUGUAUAUUCUCAACUUUGAUAUAAUUUGAUCACAGCAUCUCAUACCUUUAGAAAAUCACAUCUCUAUAUAUAUCUCUAUAUCUGUAGUGUGCAGUGCACUUUGUUGACUAACCAGAUAAACCACUUCCUUUUAUGUAUGCUGGGAAAUUACUCUACGUUCCAUAUCCCAGUAAAACAGUUUUAUUAGUCAGCUGGGCCUCACAAUGACUGAUUACUUUUGAAUGUAAUUCUUGACUGUCACCUCAGUGUUAGAAAAUGACUCUGUAGUUCUUAAUUUUAUGAAGGUUCGUAGAAUUUGAGAUGAUACCUGAUGAUCAUUCCAAUUGAAAACUGUGAUGGGUAUGAUUAUGAAAGCAGUAAUAAAGACAUUAUACUCAUGCUUCUUGACAGCUGUGGCUCUGGAUAAAGGUGACAGGUCAGCAGAUGCUGGCUUCUGACCAUUUAAACUGCAGACAAUACUCACUGAUACACAACAGGGCCACGCAUGCACCACUAGAGGGUAACCUCAAUACAUGUCGACAGGUGGUUUUUCCAAAUGAAAACGGUUUCUGGUAACAAAUCACCAAACUGGCUCCUUAGCAGAAAUGAUCACAUAAUGUGACAGAGCAUGAAGGAGGAGAUGAAAGAUUCUCCAGAUCUCACUUUACAACCGGCGCAUUACACCCUCAGGGCAAGCACAGCCAUGGGUGUGGUACAGUUAAGAGUUCUAUUUUUUUUCACAGUGCAAUUAAAAGGUCUACGUGUACUUCACACCAAGUAGAAGUUUCAGGAGUCGUCGCAUUCAGUAAUACUCUCAUUUAU